UUUUUUUUUCCUUUUACUUUUUUUUUUUACUGAUUCUCACUUCACUGCACCGAUAAUGACGGAGGAUUCAGUUGUGGAUGCGUCUCCGGUCACAAAUGACGCUGCAAUGGAUCAACUUGAUCAACAUACGGAAAAGCUGACACUUCACAACGAUGUCCAAUUGUCGGAUUCAGACGAUGACCUGGAAAUUGAACCAGGCAACAACUAUGUGGACAAUCUCAACCUUUCCAAAGGCAUUCGAGGCCUGAUGCGAUUUAAACGCCUUGAAGAACUGAAUCUCGAUGAUGCUGACGAAGACGACGAUUUGCUGUUCAUGACCCCGUCCGUCUUGAAAACGCCAGGUGCACUAUCAUCCAUUGUUCAACCGUCACCCUCAUCCACCACCACAUCAACUGAACAAAGUCUAUUCAGAGACUUUGGUUCGAAAAAGGCUCCAGAACCUGACAAGGCAGAUGACUCUUCCACAAAAACGACCAAACGCAAAUCAAAAUCGAAAGACAAGGAAUCAACAAAGGAAACGGGCUCUAAAAAACAAAAAGAGUCAAAAAAGAAGAAAACUUCAAGCGCAAAGAAACGUGAAUCCAAAGGCAAAGGCAAAGGCAAAGCCAAGGCAAAAGAUCAAUCAGGGUUGCAUGGUUCCGAUGAUGACGCAGAGUCAGACAUUGGUAUGACAACGGUACGCGAAAAACGACCAAAAGCACAGAGAGCCAUGGACGAUACCAGUGAUAGCGAAACCGCAGAGGAUACAAACAAACCUGCUUCGAUACGGUCCACCUCAUGGUUAACAAACGCCUUCCUGUCGGAUACUGACAGUAGUAGCAGUGAUGAAGCCAGUUCAACGUCUAAACGAGCCAAUCGACCAAAGAAGCUUUCGAAAAAAGCCAUCUUGGAAAUGCAACGUGAGAGCGACCGUAUGGCGCGAGCGAUCGAAACCAAAUUGACCCCACGCAAAGGGGCAAAGUCGUUUGCUGAGGUCUUUCAGAAUCACAAAAAACCAAAAGUGACUUUUGCAAUGGAAAAUGAGGAUAACAGUACGAAUGCGGAUGAUGUCGAAAAUGGAACCGCGACCAACUCGGCAACGCACGAUACCAGUGAUGAAAGCGACUGUGGUCUUGAGAUCAUCGGCGGACCUUCGCCACGACGAGAUAUUGUCCUAUCCCCUGAACGACAUCGAUUGAAUAUACCUUGGAUGUCACCACCACAACAACGUGGUUCAUCUAUCAGUUCUCUCAAUCAACGAUUGCAGGAUCGUAUUCGCAAGGAAAUGUUGGAACGUCGUCGAUUGCUGCAAGAAGAAGCUCGAGGUCACAUCAAGUAUGCCACUCCAGAAGAACAUGCGAAAAAAUUAUUGGAACGCGAACGACAAGCACAAAUGAUUCAGAUGGAUGUGGAAAAACAUUUCAUGCAAAAAAAUCGUGCCCAGGAGGAAGUCUCGAUUCCGGAUGAUGAGGAUGAAGAUGGGGAUUAUGUCAUGGAUCUUUCAGGAGAAGAAGACGAAGAAGGGGAAUUGAAUGAGAAUGGGGAAGAAGAUAAUGGCGCAUCAGCGAACUCUGACGACGAGAGUGGUAGCGAUGAGGAGAGUCCAUACAACGCUGCAAGGUUCUCUCGCAAGCGAAAAAAUCGACGCAAGGGCCCGCUAUUAUUGGAUGAAGAAGAAGACAACAACAGUAAACAUACUACACAACCAACCAAGAAACCUGAACCGGCUCACUCGAUCGCCAACUUUUUCCGAAAACCUGCUCAGCCAUCUGCGGAUGAUGUGACAGAUGAUAUCCCUGAGAACGAGGAAGGUGCAACAUCCAGAACAUUUCAUCGUCUAGUGAAACCCAGUGUAACAAUGGUAUCAAGCGAUGAAAGCGAAGUUGGUGACGGAGACGAACAGCCGGCUCAAGAGGACGACCAGGAGCAAACCGAAAUCAUUAGCCAUAACGAUGAUGCCACGAAUAAUAAACAAGCUGACAUUCCUGCGACGAGCAACCACAAAUCAGCAAACAACACGGUCAACCGACGGUUUAGAAGCGAAUACUUUGAUGCAGAAGCUGAAGAAGAAGAAGACGAAUUUUUUGGUGCCGGUGGUAUUGAUAUAGAGGACGAUGAAGCGCUCGAUCACUAUGAACAAGAUGGUCUGCUUGUGGAUAAAACCGAUGAACGGGUAGAUGAAAGUGAGCUACGCGCAGCCUUCAACAAACAGAUGGCAGAAUCGGAUCAUAACAUGAUGGAACGUAUUGUGAAGGAUAUUACAAGCGGUGGACUUCGCCGAAGGCGGGCCGCUUUAGAGGAUGGAUUUAUAUUAAACGAUUACGACGUCUUUGACGAUGAAGACAACGAUUUGGUUGCUUUCCGUCGUGCUGCGGCUGCGAAACGUCGAAAGUUGUUGGAACAAAAAGGAAAUAUCAUGGAAAUUCUAGCCAAAGACGCGAAAACUGCAGCGUUUGCCAAGGCUGCUCAAACCCUCCCUCAGGAAGAUGAAGCGAUCCUUUUGAGUGAUGACGAUGGCGAUGACACAGUAGAUCAAGAAGAGGAGAAGCGAAAGUACGAGACUGCCGGAAACUUUAAGCAUCGUAACCAAUUCCUGAUGGAACUUGAAGAGGAGGACGAGGACGAAAGCGUUAUUAGUGAGAACGAUGAGGGAGUGCAGAAUGAUAGAUCGCAGAAAGAUACGUCGCAAGACUCCUAUUUCGGCGAUCAAGCACCACUCAGUGAGGUUGAAAUCCGUACCUCAACCACUUCCGCAAUUAUGAUAGACAUAGAUGGAGAUUCAACGACUGUAGGAAAAUCUGUUGUGCUUGAUGUAGAGCAGGACGAUACAUGGAUGAUUAAUGUUGCGGACUAUGGGAAAAAGAAUACUCAAGAUGACACGUCCAUGCCACCGGCGAGACCAUCCAAGGCAUUUGCUGCGGCGGGCAAGCUCGAGCGAUUCCGAUCUCUGAUUUCAGAAGCUGGCAGUUCGUUGAGUGGUUCCAACGACACCGGUCCGCGUAUUGGUUUUGGUUCGAAUCAGCGUCAGCCCUCAUCUGAUAAUUCUCAGGAAAGGAAAACUCUUGAAGAGCGAAGCCGACCCGAGGAUUCCAAGAACCGACCACGAUUACUGAAUGUCCUCUCCUCCCGCACUAGUUCAUUUGUCUAAAACCACCCUUCAUCUGUAAUAUAUGUACCAACAUCAUCGAAAACGUAUAAAUAAUCAGGCAUCCCUCACACCAAAGGAUGGGUCUUUUCGAAUCGUGGCAUUUUGCGUCCAUUUCAGAUAAUCCAAAGGGCCGAUGGCUUUGCAGAUGGUUUUCACACAUCCUCAGCAAUAUCAGGAUAAAGGCUUACUGGUGUGAGCAGUGGUAUUUUUUACGAUGCAAGAGUGAAAAAGGGACUUUGUAAUUGUA